AUGGUUGCUCCUCAUCUGAAGCGCGGAUCAAUCGUCGUUCUUCAUCAUGCCGAGAUGACCACAAAAGAGAUUUCAACGAAGCUCAAUCUUUUGCUAAGGACUGUUCUCCGAGCUGUUAACUUGUUCAAGACAACUGGAAAAAUAAUUGUUCGAGCUGGACGAGGCUUUCAAAGACGCUUACUGCUCAUCGCUGAGAAUCUCAACAAGUUCAUCUUCGUCAUAACGAACACACUCGGAACUUUUUGUGUUCACGAACAACCGUUUCCACUAGAUUGCCCUGAAGUAUUAAUAACAUUCUGGCAACAAGCCAACAUUUUUCUUCAUGGCUACGAUUUCGUCACUGCAGCCAAAUAUUGUCAAUUGAUGAUAUCGCUUAGCCGCUUCUUUGCCGUCUCCUUUGAUGGUCGUUAUUUUCGGAGUACACAAAAGUGGUCGUGGGUUCAACUGCUAAUACCCAACAUUGCGACACUCGGUCUUGUGCUCCUUAAUGAGCUAGUGAGAAGCACAGAGACUUGUCUGCACAGUUAUAUCUACCCGGGAGUCUUGUUGAUCAUGUGUUCGUUAGAUGCGGUGACUGGGCAAAAGAUGACACAUCUGAGGAAACACGGCAAAGUCUCCAAAGCCGAAGGUCUGCUCAUGUUACAGAUAUUCUUCAUAUCGAUGGUUCGAAUCAACCCAAAUCGUGCGGCAGCAAUGCGACGUUGUUCGACGAGCGAGGGAGGAUUUGUGAUCGGAUUGCGGGCAAAAGUCGAAGAACUACGACGUGGCAAGGGAACCACCAAACGCCCGCUCAUUGCCACGCCCUUCAAAUCGAAAAUUCGCUUCUACAAAAUGAUUGAGCACUUGGAGACGCCAAUCGUCGACCAUCUGAUUGGCUGGAGAUUUUGUUGCUUGGUAGCCAAGGACCUCCUGGAGCCCCUCCGACUUGCCAUCUCCGAAGCCACCGCCGAGCGCCGCGAUCGUGUGGAACACUGCAAGCCAAUCAUCGAUGACUUCACUAACGAUGCUGACGUGUGGGCUCGGCAGGAUGUGUGGUUCUCCGGAGAUGGCGCCCGAAAGCUU